GAGAUCCAACAUUUAUUCUCCCUCUCUCUCUCUCUCUCUCUACAAACUCAUAUCCUGUAGUGAAGAGAAUCGAGCUCACAAUGAAUUUUAGAAUCGCAACUAUGUUCAUAGUAACACUCUCUCUUUGUUGUCACUCCAGAGCCCUCAAGGAAGGACAAUCUUGCGUUGCAGAUGGUAACUGCGACUCUGGACUACAUUGCGAAUUUUGCCUUGCCAACGGCAAUAUUCGGCCGCGUUGUACUCGAAUUCAGCCUCUCAAUCCAUUGUCAGAGGUGAAAGGAAUGCCGUUUAAUCGGUAUUCGUGGUUGACAACACACAAUGCAUUUGCUAGACUGGGACAGAGAUCGGCUACGGGGGAUGUGAUUUUAGCUCCCUCAAAUCAGCAGGAUUCCAUUACCGCUCAGCUCAAUAAUGGUGUUAGAGGGCUGAUGCUUGAUAUGUAUGACUUCAAAAAUGACAUCUGGCUAUGUCAUUCAUUUGGCGGCAAAUGCUAUAACUACACUGCUUUUCAACCUGCCAUAAAUGUUUUGAAAGAGAUUCAAGUGUUUCUUGAGGCAAACCCGUCUGAAAUCGUCACCAUUAUCAUUGAAGACUAUGUCACAUCUCCUAAUGGUCUAACCAAGGUGUUUGAUGCUGCUGGCCUGAGGAAAUUCUGGUUUCCAGUAUCUCGAAUGCCAAAAAACGGUGCCGAUUGGCCGACAAUUGAUGCUAUGAUCAGGCAGAACCAGCGUUUAGUGGUUUUUACAUCAAAAUCUGCUAAGGAGUCCUCUGAAGGCAUUGCUUAUGAGUGGAGAUACUUGGUAGAAAACCAAUAUGGUAAUGGUGGGAUGAAAGCUGGAUCUUGUCCCAACCGAGCAGAAUCUUCUCCCUUGAACACAACAACAAGGUCAUUAGUCCUGAUGAACUACUUUCCUGAUAACCCAGAUAUAACCCAAGCUUGCAAGCAUAAUUCAGCUCCAUUGAUUAGCAUGAUGAAUACAUGUCAUGAAGCAGCUGGUAAAAGAUGGCCUAACUUCAUUGCCGUCGAUUUUUAUAAGAGGAGCGAUGGAGGGGGAGCUCCUGAAGCUGUAGAUGCGGCAAAUGGUCAGCUUGUUUGUGGGUGUACAACCAUUGGUGAUUGCAAGGCAAAUAUGACCUUUGGAGUAUGUGACCUGCCUGAGGCUAGUGUAGCCCCCACUGUAGCAUCAACAAAUGAAACCAGCUCUGCUCAUUUGGAUAGCAGGCUGAUCCUAUUGCGGUGGCUGUUCUGGACUGUUUUAAUAGCCAUCAUCAUGUCAUUUUAAGGAGCUUCAUUGUCCAGCAAGAAGAGAGUAAGGAGCUUAUGAGGUAUGACCUACACUAGUUCCAUUUCAGUUCAAUGGAAAGAAAUUGUACUCACUGACAGGCCAUAGCACAUUUAGAAUAGUUUGCAAUGUGUGCCAUUUGAUUACCGGUAAUAAAGAAACAUUAGGACAGCUUAUCCUUCCAGCUUUUCGCUUAUAUGAACAGCAGUCAGGUGCAACCUUGGUGCCUAUCUGGGACAGGUUUGAUUUUAGGAGCCAACACAAGUGCUUCUCACUCUCUGCAACUGCAUUGAAACCUAGGGAAACUACAAGGAAAGAGAAACAGUUGUAUUGUCUCUCUCUUCAAUGAUACAUGACCAUUUUUUAAAUAUCCGAUAACCAUUCCAACUACAUGUUCGCUAGACUCAUGGUUACAAUCUACACUCAGAAUAAAU